AUGGAAAAUGGCCAAAUUUCGACAGCUCAUUAUUUCAUGUACCCUGGAACUGAAUAUAGAGAAAACGAUGUUAACGAUAAUUAUCAUCCCGCCAGGUGGGAAGAAUAUCCAGUGAUGAAUAACGAAAACGUACUUCCGGUGAACUUCCAGCCAGAAAUAACGUUGACAGAGUCGACGAUGUACGAAAAAUGUUGCAUCGAUCAAAGGACUCAGGUUGAUUAUUCAUGCUCUGCAGCUUUUCGUGGAUGGGUAAAUCCAUGUUGGGAAAAUGAAUCGUGCGUCGAUGAGAAACGGGACUUUGACUGCCCGUUGAGAGACGGUGAGAAGAGGGAGGAUGAUCGGGAGGAAGGUGCAACGUCGUCGAUGGAACCGAUCGAUCCAUCGGAUUCCGAACAUGAUUCAACGACGUCUCGUCGACGUCGAUCCAACACCGACAAACCGCGAAAGGAAAGAACCGCCUUUACCAAGCAACAAGUUCGUCAUCUUGAGUACGAAUUCUCUCACAGUAAUUAUCUAACCAGAUUGAGGCGAUACGAGAUUGCGAUCACUCUCGAUCUCACCGAACGUCAGGUCAAAGUUUGGUUUCAAAAUAGACGCAUGAAACAUAAACGCAUUAAAGAAAUAAGCACCCAUUUUGAGAGCGCGAAAAAAUCCUCGUGAUUUCAACAGAUAAAAACAAAUAUUGUCGAUUCUUGAU